UAUUCACAUUGAAGAGAAUUUAAGACUUAUAAAAGAGAUAUUUAAUGAAAAUUUAGACAAAGAUCAUAUUAGUAAUUAUAGUCGUGAAGAUAAUGAUAGGAAUAAAGAAAAAAACAUUUAUAAUGAUGAAGGGGAGGAAGAAUGUGAAGAAAUUAGUAGUAGAAUCAUUUCUGUUGAUGUAGAACUUUUAUGGAUAGUACUUGCCAAAGGACAUGGAUACUUUAGCCGACAUACUCGAAAUGUAAAAAUUAUUUAUAGGAAGAAAACUUUAACGGGUCAAUUGCCUCUUACACAUGAAAUCAGAAUGCAAAAUGAACUUCUAGAUUCAUUUAUCUUUGUUACUAGCUUUGAUUCGAAAAAUCUUAAUAAGAAUGAAGUUAUUGAGGGGCAUAUUGAAAAUCACUCAAAAACUAGCUUGAGCCUGACUCUUUCGCAAUAUAAUGCUGAAGAAAUACUGAGUAACAAUUUGAAUAACAUUAUAAUGAAAUGGUGCUUGAUUGAUACUAAUCAGAAUGAUUACCUGAUUUCUGAUGUCGAAAAAAAGAAUUUUAAUUGA